AACAGAUGUAAAACGGACUUUGUCAGAAGUCGUCACGGGUCAGAGGAAGGUAGGUACAUAAUACGAUAGAGCUUUGAAGGGACACCAGUGGACCGCUGGCAGCAACCAAGGGAAGAAAUGGAUGCUAUCUCCCUACUCGCGCUCCUGUUCCUCUUCUUUGCCGGAGUAGCGGGCCAAUGUGACAAUGUGAAGGUGCUGCAAGAAUGGCAAGGGAACUACCAGGCAGAGUUCAGGGACAACGCGCCCAAAGAUAUCGACGGUCUGCGCCUUGAACUGAGCUUCCAGUCCAGAGUGUUGCGUCUAGAGCUACAAAAAGGAAGCGUAGAACAGGUUGAUGACUUCACUUUCAUCAUCACUGACCCAGCACUGAAGGUAUCUGCGGGUGAGGAAGUAUGGUACCUAAUCCAAGUCUACUACUACUUCACCUUCCCCCAGGUGGUGAAAAAUGUGAUGAACGACGAACUGCUGUGUGAGGACAACACACUCACCACUCCAGAGCCAAUGGUCAACCCAUGUGAUGCAACAGGAAUGAAGCCUCAUGACUAUGCACAGGUCCUGUGCAUGUCGUAUGUGUUCUAUGAGGCACAGAGGUCGGGUCCACUGCCUGCUGACCAGCGAGUGACCUGGCGUGGUGACUCGGCCCUCGAUGAUGGCUCGGACGUGGGCCAUGACCUGUCUGGAGGCUACUAUGACGCUGGGGACCACGUCAAGUUUGGGUUUCCGAUGGCCUUCACCACCACCAUGCUGGGCUGGGGACUAGUGGACUUCCUGGAGGGGCACCAGGAGGCAGGUCAGGAGAAGUAUGGGUUGGCUGCCAUCAAGUGGGCGACAGAUUAUUUUCUGAAGGCACACACUGAUACAUACGAGUUCUACGGCCAGGUGGGCUCCGGUGGACCAGACCACGCAUACUGGGGCCGUCCUGAGGACAUGACCAUGGACCGACCCUCAUACAAGAUUGACGCUACCAACGGAGGCACUGAACUGGCUGGCGAGACAGCUGCAGCUUUGGCUGUUGCCUCUGUUGCUUUCCAGGAAUCAGACGCAGCCUACGCCUCUGCUCUGCUGGAUCACGCCAAACAACUUUAUGACUUUGCUGACAAGUACCGCAAGAAUUACCACGACUCUAUCCCGGACGCCAGCGCCUUCUACAGGUCCUGGAACGGGUACGGGGACGAGCUGUGUUGGGCCGCACUGUGGCUAGCUAAAGCAACUGGGGAUGACCAGUUCAUUGAGAAAGCCAAAGCACAUUGGGAAGAGUUUGAUUUGACGAAGGAUAGUGUCGCUCAGUUUUCUUGGGACGACAAGAGAGCCGGAGUGUAUGCACUCUUUUACAACCUGACGAGCGACACUCAGUACCUGGAUCUCCUUAAUGUUUACCUGGACUGGCUGAAAUCUGGCGCUACCUACACCCCUGAGGGACUUGUCCAUCUGGAUGCAUGGGGCGCCAACAGACAUGCUGCUAAUGUUGCCUUUAUCUCGCUAUGGGCCGCCAAGCAUGGGAUAGAUGGAAAGAAGAACAGGGAAUGGGCUCGAGGACAGAUUGGUCAACUAUUGGGAGACAACUCGCGCUACGAGCGUUCAUUCGUGGUGGGCUAUGGGCAGAACCCGCCUGAGCGGCCCCACCACCGGUCUAGCUCUUGUCCCUUCCCACCCUCGGACUGCCAUUUCGGUCUGCUCCAGCCUGGACCCAACGUACACACUCUAUACGGGGCACUUGUUGGAGGACCUUCUCAGAAUGGUGAGUAUGAGGAUGACCGGCAGGAUUACGUCCGCAACGAGGUGGCCUGUGACUACAACGCCGCCUUCACUGCUGCUCUGGCUGCUCUUGUUGAGAUCAGCUAGCCACCUCCCGUCACCUGACAACCCUCGCAUGACCUCACUUCCAUUAACCAACAUGAUAUGAUGCCUUCUUGCACAGUGGGGUUCUUUGUCUUCAGCAUAUCAACAUGAAUUACAAACAUAAUCACUGAUACAAUAAAAUCCACGUUAUAAAAUUCUAAAGUUACGAAUGAGCUAAUUUUGUCCCUUGUUCUGAUGUACGAAUGCAAGAUAAAAAAAAAAAAAAGGCAAUCCAUUAUAUGAAAAAUUCAGUAUAAUAUACCUUUUCUCUCAUUCGCGAAUAUCUGACUUUAGAAUGUUUCUUAAUCCUUAAUGCCUUAAUCGGAAUAACCUGUGUAAUCCUUUCCUGCACUGACUUUUUUUAGUGCAACUUUAGAACGUUAAUUAAAAUGAAGCACAUUUUCCCUUAGUGUGUCGUGAUGCAAGGCUACAGCUUUUAUUUAACGUGAACGAGUUUUUUUCUUGACCUUCCCACUGCAUGUCCACAUCAUCCAGAACGCCCUUGCUAUAUAUCUUUUCUGGUCUUUAAUGAAAUGACAAUAAAAUGAUAAUGAAAA